AUGACUUAUCCCGCCGAAGACUUUGAUUACGAAGGCCUUCCCGAAAACUCCCCAAUGUAUGCCCAUUUGCUUGCGGGCGCCUUCUCCGGUAUCCUUGAACACUCCGUCAUGUAUCCCGUAGACGCCAUUAAAACACGCAUGCAAAUGCUCAACGGCGUUUCUCGCAGUGCAACCGGAAACGUCGUGGCUUCUGCUUACAAGAUUGGUUCCACCGAGGGCGUUUUUUCUUUAUGGAGAGGUAUCAGCAGUGUCAUAAUGGGCGCUGGUCCUUCUCAUGCCAUUUAUUUCUCUGUACUCGAAAUGUUCAAGUCUAAAUUUAACGCUUCUUCUGAUCGGCCGCUUAUCACGGCCUUAGCCGGUGCUUGUGCUAUUACCAUUAGUGAUGCCUUUAUGACCCCUUUCGAUGUGAUCAAGCAACGAAUGCAACUCCCCACUACCAACUACAAAUCUCCCAUUCAAUGCGCUUCAACACUUUUCCGUCGUGAAGGCGUGUCGGCCUUUUACAUUUCUUAUCCUACCUCCAUCGCCAUGUCCAUACCUUACACCGCUAUCCAAGUUGGUUCCUACGACGUCGCCAUGAGCUUUUGCAACCCCAGCGGCAUUUACAAUCCAGUUUCUCACAUCAUUUCCGGUGCUCUAAGUGGUGCUAUCGCUGCAAGCCUGACCACUCCCCUUGACGUCGUCAAGACCCUCUUACAAACCCGCGGCUCUUCUACCAUUCAACAGGUGAAAGAUUGUAGAGGUUCCCUCAACGCCAUCCGAGUCAUAUAUAAUUUCGGUGGUCUCUCUGCUUUCGUCAAAGGUAUCAAGCCCCGUGUUAUCGUUUCCAUGCCAGCUACCGCCGUCUCCUGGGCGGCUUACGAAGCUGGAAAAGAAAUUCUUUCUCAAGUAUCCAAUCCCCCCGAAGUCUAA